AUUUAAUACUCACAUUGUCUCUCUCCUCCUUGUUAUUCUCUCUCCUCCUUCAAAGCAGUCCUUCUUCCUCGUGCUCCUCCUGCAGUGAAGACGAGCAAGAAAUUCAGAUUUCGGGAAUUUUGGGCAAAAAAUUCACACCUCCAUUUUCAAGACGAGCUAAAAAAUUCACACCUCCAUUUUCAAGACGAGCUAGGAUUGUUCGUUAAUUUGGUGAAUUCGUGAAAAGCAAUUGCGCUGGAGGAAGAAUUAUUUGUCAUCAAGAGGAAAAUGGGUAAACGUAAUGCUCCACUUCCAAAGGAGAAAAAAACAGAGGAAGACGUUGUUAAGGGAAAGGGCGUGUCUACAAGGGCAGGAGCACGAACGAGAACAACUGCAUGUGGACUAAAGGCAGUGGAAGGUUCUUCCAGUGGAAAGAAGAGAAAAGUCUAUGAUGCGGAGAUUAGUGGAGAGGAGGAGCCACGUACAGAGAGCAACGAUGACGAGGACGUCGUGUUCUACCUGGACCACCUGAAUGUUGUUCCUAGGCAAUGGUGUGUUAUGCCGAGGGUGGCUGUGUGGUCCCAAUCUGAUGUGGAUGCCCUGAUAGAGGCAGACAAGAAAGCUGGAGGUGACUAUGGAAGAACUCAGUCUGUUGAUGUUGCUUACGGCGAGAGACACCAUCCUCGAUUGCCAAGAGAUAUGCGGGGUUCCUACAUUGCAAAAGAGGUUCUGAAUGUUUUAACAAGCCGAUUUGAGAGAAUCGAGGAGCAAAUGCACAACCAAGGAGAGGUUUUAAGAAGUAUGAAACUUGAUUUGUCAAGAAUAGUAGGGGUGAGGGAACAAGAUAGUGGGUUGAAGGACACUCAAAGUGGAGGUACAAGUGGUGGUAGUGUGGGUGGUGUGGCUGUUUGCCCUGCUCUCGGAGGUACGCAGACAAUGAGGCCGACCACAAUUCCUACGGCCACUGCACAGCAGUUUGGAGUUCCGUCGCCGGUGGGUUUUGCACCGGCCUUUGGUUCAGCUCGGGGUAUUGGCACCCGAGGCUUUGGGUUCCCUCCUCCUUCCACUUCAGUCUCUCCAGUUUUGGUGAGUGAUCCUAUAACCCCUGGUCCUUCUUCUGCGGUUACCUCAGAUGUUCUUGGAUUUAUGGCUCCCUCUUCCUCUGAUUGUUCUGUCCCUACGAAAUCUAUGACCACGCUACAGACUGAAGUACAAUCUCCUGCUCAGAAGCCGGUAAUCACCACUGAAAUUUUAAAGGGAGUUUCACCUCUUAGGAGCUCCCGGAAGAGUCGUACUGAUAUGGAGAAGGAAUUGGUUGCUUUCAUCAAGGAGUGCCAGGGAAAUAGCAAGGAUGAAGGACCAGAGUUGAUUGAGUUCGAUGGUUUAUGUCUAAGCAAAUAUCAGAUGUAUCGAAUGGUAGCAAUGGAUGAGUAUGCGGGGAUAGAAUACGUCAAAGUGGCUAGUAAGAUGUAUACUAGCAGGUGGAAGGCAGAAUUGGGUGCCGGUAGAGGACGAAGUGUAAUGCUUGAACCUGGUUUCGGGGUUAAGGUACAAACAAACGAACCCCCUCAGUCUCUUGUAGCCCCAUUCGGUGCCCCCUUUGAAAACCUCGUCAUUCGGGAAAUGUUUGUGGUUGUAGUACCCGUGUUGCACAUGUACUUCACACUUCCACCGCACACACGUUGGUAUUGUGUUGCAUUAUCCAUGAAGGAUAAGCGGAUUUGGGUCCUUGAUCCUACAUCAGACGAGCCUUUGUCUGAGCACGGUCGUCUGAUUAGCCACAUGUUCAAGUACUUGGACACCCUGUUUUACUUUAAAGACGAGUCAUGGGUAAAGGAUGGACUGAGUGGAUGGGGGGUUGACCUUGUUUCUGUCCCACCAAGCGAUGAUGUGUCAAGUUGUGUUGUAAUGCUAGCAUGGAUAAAGGACAUAGUCCAACGCAACAAAAUUUCUCCCACAUUCCAACCGGGUGCAAUAGAGGAUGCAAGGGUAUCACUUGCUGUUGAUGACAUCUUGUGCGAGUUGAAUGUGAGGAGACCUGAGGUGUACGACCUUAUUUCUGGGAGGCAAGUCCGUGUGUAGACCGUGUUUACGUGCUUGAACUUAAGUUUUUGGAUGUAAUUUGGAUGUAUUUUGGAUGUAUUUCGGCAACUCUGUUGCAUUUGAAUUCUGGUACUUAGUUUGGAAGUUAGUUUGGAAGUUUGUGUGGAAGUUAGUUUAUGACCAAACAUUUGAUGUUGUAUGUUUAUAUUUCUACUGUGAACUAAGGGGUCUUUUGUUUUAAAGGAAUCCAGGUAGAAAUAAGAUAUUUAUGCGCCAA